UCCAGGCACCGGGACCUCCAGUCCAAUGGUGCCUUCUUCCUCCCAGUCACACUGUUCACUUUAGGGCUAAAGUGGGAGGGGCUGAAAGUCCAGGCAAAUCCUGGCAUGUGGCCAAUCAAAUGCAAGGGGCACUGAGGGUCCUCCUGAGAUGAGACUCUCUUAAGUUCCCCAAAAGCCAGGUGAGGCAUAAUCAACAUCAGCUUCCCCUGCCACCGGCGCUUCACUGAUUCACAAGCUCAGGCUUCACCCAGGGCAGGCACGCUCAAGAAUUAGGAGCUAGCAUCUCAGGCCUGCGGCCCUGGUUUCUCUGGAGAAAAACCCAUGGAAGACUGGUUCGAGGCUGUUACAGGACUUCACCCGGAGCCACCUCCCCACCAUGUCGAAGACUUCAUUGCUUCAAAGGGACGACAGUGAGUCCAACUCCCUGGAUGACGGGUCCAAGUCAGUCUCCGAGAGUAGCAGUAACACCAGUUCAGAGAGUGUCCAUCCUGCUGAGGAAGCCAAUAGAUUGUCGAUGAUGCAAACCUUGAUCCACUUAUUGAAAUGCAACAUUGGCACUGGGCUCCUGGGUCUUCCCGUGGCCAUGAAAAAUGCCGGCAUCUUGGUCGGGCCCCUCAGCCUGCUGGUCAUCGGGAUCAUCACCGUGCACUGCAUGGUCAUCCUGGUGAACUGCGCGAAUCACCUCAGUCACAGACUGCAAAAGAGUUUUGUGAACUACGGGGAGGCCAUGAUGUAUAGCCUUGAAACGUGCCCAAACGCCUGGCUCAGGACCCACUCGGUGUGGGGAAGGUACACUGUCAGCUUCUUAUUAAUCGUCACUCAACUGGGCUUCUGCAGUGUGUAUUUUAUGUUUAUGGCAGACAAUUUACAACAGAUAGUGGAAGAAGCCCACGUGACCUCCAACACCUGCCAACCCAGGAAGAAGCUGGUGCUGACUCCCAUCCUGGACAUUCGCUUCUACAUGCUGACCAUCCUGCCCUUCCUGGUCCUGUUGGUGUUUAUCCAGAACCUCAAUGUGCUGUCCGUCUUCUCGACUCUGGCCAACAUCACCACCCUGGGGAGCAUGAUUCUGAUCUUUGAGUAUAUCAUGCAGGAGAUUCCAGAUCCCAGCAACCUGCCCUUGAUGGCAAGCUGGGAGAACUUCCUGCUGUUCUUCGGUACAGCCGUCUUCACGUUUGAAGGCGUCGGUAUGGUUCUGCCUCUCCAAAACCAGAUGAAGCAUCCACAGCAGUUUUCUUUUGUUCUGUACUUGGGGAUGUCCCUUGUCACCAUCCUCUUCAUCUGCAUGGGGUCGUUUGGCUACAUGAAGUUCGGGUUGAACACCCAGGCCAGCAUCACUCUCAACUUGCCCAAUUGCUGGCUGUACCAGUCAGUCAAGUUGAUGUACUCUAUUGGCAUCUUCUUCACCUACGCCCUCCAGUUCCACGUCCCCGCCGAGAUCAUCAUCCCCUUUGUCGUCUCCCAGGUGUCAGAGAGCUGGACACUGUUUGCAGACCUGUCUGUCCGCACAGCCUUAGUCGGUGUGACCUGUGUCUCAGCCAUCAUCAUCCCCCGCCUGGAGCUGAUCAUCUCCUUGAUGAGCUCCGUGAGCAGCAGUGCCCUGGCCCUCAUCAUCCCGCCCCUCCUGGAGCUCAUCACCUUUUACCCUGAAGACAUGAGCUGUGUCACCAUUGCAAAGGACAUCAUGAUCAGCAUCGUGGGCCUUUUGGGUGACCCUUCCCCCAGGCCCUCAGAGAGACGGAACAAGAUGGUUUCCAGAUGCCUGACUAGAGAGGCUUCCGUGGCAAUGAAUUCUGCAGCUGAGGCCAGCCUCAUCUGGAAAAGGAGGGCUCCUGGGAGAGGAGACGUUUAUAUACUGAGAGUACAGAUCACAACUCUCCACAUCUGUCCAGCCCAUGAAAACACUAAACUGAAAAAGGACCACAGACCAGAGGAGACUGGGGAGACGUGACAACAAAUGCAAAGUGGCAACUGGACUGAAUCCUGAAACACAAAGAGGCCAUUCAUGGAAAAACUGGUGAAAUCCAAAUAAAAA